CUUGUUGAAGAGGAACCAGUACUUCCUAGUUGUUUCCUUCGUGCCAGGACCAUUGGACUGAUGCCUAUGAUUUAUCAGAAAAAGGAUGAUAAAAUCCUCGCAGUAUGUGCUGAUGAUCCAGAGUACCGCCACUACACAGACAUCAAACAGCUUCCCCCUCAUCGACUGGCUGAAAUCCGUCGUUUUUUUGAAGAUUACAAGAAGAACGAGAAUAAAGAGGUCGCAUUCAAUGAUUUUCUGCCUUCAGCUACUGCUCACGAAGCUAUCCAGCACUCCAUGGACCUUUAUGCUGAGUACAUUUUACAGACCCUAAGGAGAUGA